GCCUCCACGGGGCACGGCGAGCGAGGAUGGCAACGCUACUGGAGCUCCGGAGCUGCCAAGAGAGCCGGGGAACCGGGGUUUCGUUUGCCACUGUCUAAUCAAUGGGAGUAAGAUGGAAUUUCUUACCUGGGUUCUUCCUGCCCUGGUUCUACUGUGCACCCAGCAGCACAGGUGUAUCAGAGCUAUGAAUGACAUCGGAGAUUACAUAGGUUCCAACAUCGAAAUAUCCUGGUUACCCAACCUGGAUGAUUUAAUCAAAGGGUAUGCACGUAAUUUCAGGCCUGGGAUUGGAGGUCCUCCUGUUAAUGUUGCUCUUGCAAUUGAAGUAGCCAGCAUUGACCACAUCUCAGAAGUGAACAUGGAAUAUACCAUGACGGUAUUUUUGCACCAGAGCUGGCGAGAUGACCGUCUGUCUUACAACCACACCAAUGAAACUUUGGGCUUAGACAGCCGGUUUGUGGACAAGCUCUGGUUGCCAGAUACUUUCAUAGUAAAUGCCAAGUCUGCCUGGUUCCAUGAUGUGACUGUGGAAAACAAACUUAUCAGGCUCCAGCCAGACGGAGUCAUUUUAUACAGCAUCAGGAUUACCUCCACAGUGGCCUGUGACAUGGACCUUUCCAAGUAUCCAAUGGAUGAGCAAGAAUGCAUGUUGGAUCUGGAGAGCUAUGGCUACUCCUCAGAGGACAUCGUCUACCACUGGUCAGAAAACCAGGAGGAGAUCCACGGGCUGGAUAAGCUGCAGCUUGCUCAAUUCACAAUUACCAAUUACCAGUUCACAACAGAAAUGAUGAACUUCAAAUCUGCAGGUCAGUUUCCCAGGCUCAGUCUCCACUUCCACCUUCGGCGAAAUCGAGGAGUUUACAUCAUUCAGUCUUACGUUCCUUCUAUCUUGCUCGUGGCCAUGUCGUGGGUGUCCUUCUGGAUCAGUCAGUCUGCUGUGCCUGCCAGAGUGUCAUUAGGUAUAACUACUGUUCUUACUAUGACUACACUGAUGGUCAGUGCCCGAUCUUCGCUUCCACGAGCAUCUGCCAUCAAGGCACUCGAUGUUUACUUCUGGAUUUGCUAUGUGUUUGUCUUCGCUGCACUGGUAGAAUAUGCAUUUGCACAUUUCAAUGCUGACUACAUGAAAAAGCAAAAGAACAAGUUAAAGGCAAGAAGGCAGAGUGCAGAGAUAAACGUGAAGAAUGCCAUUGUUCUGUUUUCCCUUUCCAUAGCUGGUGUGAACCAGGAACUGGCCAUUUCCCAUAGGCAGCACCGAAUUCCCAGAAGCCUGCCUGGAUCGUAUGGUGCAAUAGAAAUAGAAACUGGAGAAACAAAACAGCGGCAAAGAAUGAAACUGGAUAAAAGGAGUGGUCUGAAGUCCCUCUUUAAGCCCAUUGAUGCUGAUACCAUUGAUAUAUAUGCCAGAGCCGUGUUCCCAGCAGCCUUUGCAGCAGUCAAUGUUAUAUACUGGGUUGCAUACACAAUGUAAAAAAAAAAAGAAAAAUGAAAAAUCAUGUGAAGAGCUACGAAUCGAACAAUACCUACAGACUAAAAAGCCCUUGCUGAAACUGUAUUGAUUCGUCUCUUCUCAAAAUACUUUCUGAUGAGCUUGAGACAUCUCUAAAGUCAAGAAAGUCCUGCAAUCAUUUCCUACUAAAAACAGCAGUUUAUUACUGAUCUGAUUUGGUCCAGUUGUAAUGGUAAUCUGCCAAACAAUCCCAGCUCCUUAUUUCCUGUAUUACCAUGAGAUAAUUUUUCAUAUGUACAUAUUUGCAGCAAAAGUUUAAAUCUUAAAUUACCAUGGUUUUCCUCCACUUUAACGGUUGAUCAGUAAUGAAGAUUUGGCUUUUCACACUCAGAUCGUUUCCUUUUUUGUAAUGGAAGAACUAAUUCCUCACUUC